AUGAGAGUAGCAGUCCUGCAUCAGGCCAUUGAACCGCCAUUGAUCAAUGGAGUACGGAAACCCAUGAAGCCUGGAGGCUAUCAGGACUCUGGAGCAGACAUAGCAUACAACCUCAGUAAAUUCUGCGAGAUUCCAAUCGCCACACCUCUUCCUGAAGUGAUCCUUGAUCCUCGAAAACAUGAAGGCUGGACCUUUCCAGACUUUGAAGAAAGUCUAGUCUCUGCUGUCGAAAAGCACGGUGCCUCUCAUUUCUGGCCCAACACAAUCGUGUUCGAGCAGCAUCCUCUCCAAACAUCUGCCAUACUCAGCAAAUACGCCAACGAUUUGAAAGUUGUCGGUCAAGCAAUGAAGCACGUCCAGCUGUACGACGACAAGGACUAUGUCAACUCUCUGUUGCGAAAAGUUGGCACCUUUACAAUGCCCAAGUCUUUCGUCGCACCGAAUAGCAUCGACAUCCAAUUCCAGCUCAGAAAGCACGAUCUGACCCUCCCAGUCGUCGCCAAACCAAUCCGCGGUCGAGGUUCCCAAGGCGUAAAAGUCUGUAAAGCAAUCCCAGACCUAGCAUCCCACAUCGACUCUCUCGGCCCCAACAACGCCAUGCUCGAAGAAUUCCUCCCAGGCACCGAAGCCACAAUAACAGUAAUGCCACCAAGUAAACAAAUCCCCGAAUACUGGGCUCUCCCAGUGGUCGUGCGUUUCAACCAUCAAGACGGCAUCGCACCAUACAAUGGAGUGGUCGCAGUUACUUCCAACUCCAGUGUGGUCCCAGAACACGAGGCGGCAAAAGAUCCUGCAUACGCCCAGGUUCAGAGGGAAUGUGAGGCUGUGGCACGACUGUUGCAGGUGAAAGCUCCUAUUAGGAUUGAUGUGAGGAAGGCGGAGGAGAAAGUUGGAGCGCCGUUUUGUCUUUUUGAUGUUAAUAUGAAACCUAAUAUGACUGCGCCCGGAAGGCCUGGGAGGGAGGAUCAGGCUAGUUUGACGUUGCUUGCUGCGGAGGGCUUAGGGUGGAAAGGGCCGGAUUUGAUUAGGAGGAUUUUGGAGACGGCGAAUACGUUGAAGGAGUUGAGGGAGGCCGAGUUGCCUCAUGUUUGAAGCGACGCUCUUGGGUUUGAACAGAAGUGAUCGGUUCGACUUAGAAAAUCGCCGAAGCGAAGAGAUUUGAAGGUGAAGGGUAGAAUUUGACUGAGAACUUCGACCAGGUUGGGAUAGGCUCUCAUCCACAUUGCGUUGAAUUUAUGCGACUACACAAGCACAAAUGGAGACCAGGUGUUUUAAGACCGUUCCCCGCGAUAGCGUCACACUCAGCAGCAAAUGCUCCAGAGAAGAAAUCUCCCUUUUCUCAUCAUAAUUCCAUGCACCAUUUCCACCAUGUCGCGUGCAUUCGCAAAUAGUAGGCAAAGCACUCACAGACGGCGACCACGGCGUCCACCCUUCCUCCUCGUGGAGUCGGAUGGGGUUGGGGUAACGUCCUCGAUACGACCGAUCUUCAUGCCGGAACGGGCGAGGGCGCGGAGAGCGGACUGGGCACCUGGACCUGGGGUCUUG